AGCAGGCGUCCUAUCCUCAGUGAAGACCUCCAGUCGGGCAUCUUAUUGCAUUUUAGUAGCUGGCUUUGACAGCGAUAGAAACAAACAUAUGGCCAAACCCAACAUGGUGGAACAUUAGCAUAAGACUCAGAGAGUUUUUUGGCUGAGAUUGAAAAUGGCAGACAGAAAGAGAAAACCAGCUGCCUCCAUCAAACCCAUAACAAAGAAAGAAAAAGUAGAGCUAAAGAAAAAGGAGGAAGAGAAAGCUGCUGAGGUUUUUGAAGAAUUUGUAGCAUCUUUUGAAACCAGUGAAAAAAGCAAAGUAAAGACUUUUGUACGUGGGGGAAUUGUAAAUGCAACUAAAGAGGAGGAAGAAGCAGAGAUAAAGAAAAAUAAGCUGUAUCGACCCACCGCAAAGUUUGUCCCUAGUUCUCAACACGCCUCACUAUCUUCGUCUUUGGAAAGCAAAAAGGCUGCUUUCAAAAGAAAGACAGAAGAAAAGAAGAAGAGCAAUCUUGAACUGUUUAAAGAGGAACUUAAGCUAAUACAGGAGGAACGUGAAGAAAGACAUAAAAGGAAGAAAAAUGACCCUGAGGUUGGACGAGAAGGGGGAGGGUAUGCAGAUCUGGAUGUUCCAGUACCGGGACGCUCAAUGCUCUACGACGACCUGUCCACCCCGGUCACCACUAACCUCUAUAUUAACUGCAUUAGCCCAAAGAUGAAUGAGGAGCUACUAUGCAGAGAGUUUUGUAAAUAUGGGCCCUUGGCCAGUGUGAAGAUCAUGUGGCCCCGAACGGACGAGGAGCGCUGCAGGACUUCAAACAGAGCUUUCGUGGCUUUCAUGACUCGGAAAGAUGCAGAGAGAGCCAUGGCUGCUCUUGAUGGUAAAGUGAUUAUGGGCUUUGAAAUGAAGCUAGGAUGGGGCAAACCAGCCCGCAUCCCGCCUCAGCCUCUCUACACUCCAGCUGGGGUGAGAGUAACUCCUCCUCCCCCAUCUGGUCUCCCUUUCAACGCUCAACCGAGGGACCGCUUGCGCAACGACUUCACAAAGCCGCUGGGCACGUCCAAAGCAGAGCUGGACAAGACUCUGUCCGAUGCCGUAGUCAAAGUGGUUAUCCCAACCGAAAGGAAUCUGUUAUUCCUUAUUCACAGGAUGAUAGAGUUUGUGGUGCGUGAAGGCCCUCUGUUUGAAGCAAUGAUAAUGAAUAAAGAAAAGAACAACCCAGAUUACAGGUUUCUUUUUGACAACAAAAGCCAAGAUCACGUGUAUUAUCGCUGGAAGCUGUUCUCUAUCCUCCAGGGCGAGUCCCCGACAAAGUGGAGGACGGCAGAAUUCCGGUUGUUCAGAGGAGGCUCGUUGUGGAGACCCCCCAUCCUCAACAGUUACACUGAGAGCUAUGAAGAGCGUGCAGCUGUGGAGGAGGCUGCCCCGCCUGAGGAGGUGAAGAAGGGCCAGCUCAGAUCGGAGCACAGACAGAGACUAGAGGCUCUCCUGGAGGAGCUCACUCCCAGCAGGGACGAUAUAGCCAGUGCCAUGUUGUUCUGUCUAGAUCGAGCAGAUGCAGCAGAGGAAGUUGUGGGACAAGUUUCAGACUCUUUCUGCCCGCUUCAAAUUCCCCUUCAGAAGAAGAUUUCCAGAUUGUACCUGGUGUCGGACAUCUUGCACAACUCGUGUGCCAAAGUACCCCGGGCAUCAUAUUAUCGGAAAUAUUUUGAAGCAAAGUUACCCCAGAUAUUUGAGCAUCUGCAUGCAGCACAUAAAAACAUCCAGGCCAGGCUGCAGGCUGAACAGUUCAAGCAAAAGGUCAUGAAUUGUUUCAGAGCUUGGGAGGACUGGGCCAUUUAUCCCCAACCUUAUCUAAUCCAGCUUCAGAAUAUCUUUCUGGGCUUCACCAAAGCAGGAGAGGAAGAAGAGGAGGAGAUUGCAGAGGAGGUAUCCGGUGAGAUUGAUGGCGCGCCGCUUGACAGCACGCUUAUAGACGGGCUCCCAAUGGGAAAAACUCCAAUAGACGACAUAGACGGAUGCCCCAUUGGCUGGGACCCCCUGGAUGGAGUCCCUGUUGAUGACAUAGAUGGCGUUCCCCUAAAUGCAGCUAUUGAUGACAUCGAUGGAGUACCCUUGGAUGAAAGUAACCUUCCACUCUCCAGAGUGCCUUUGUCUAAAUGGGAGAAGAUCAGUGACACUGUCCAAACUGAGUCCAAAUGGGAAACCUUAAGGGAACAGGUUGAUGAGAACAAGGUUAAUGUGAGCUGCAACUCACAGGAGGAAGAUGAAGACUCGGAGAGUGAAAGCAGUGCCGAUUCCUGCAGGUCGCCCAACUAUGAGGGGGCAGUUUUCUCACAAAUGUCGGAGAGUAAAAGGAAAAGGCUGAGAGAGGUGGAAGUAAAAGUUAUGAAACUCCAAGAUGAGCUGGAAUCUGGAAAAAGCAAAAGGAAACCUGGAAUGAGCAUUCAGCAACAAGUGGAGAACUACAGACAGAAGCUGCUGCAGAAGGAGUUUCACAAAGCCGAGGAAAAGAAUGAGAGGUCAAAGACUAAAGAUGCUCAGAGGGAAGAAAGGAGGCAUAAAGAAAGAAGCAAAAAGAACGAUGGAGACAGAAGGCAGAGCGGUAAUCCUGGAGAAAAGUCCCGAAAUUCAAAGAGUGUCUCUCCAUCAAGAACAAAGUCUCCUAAACGGUCUAAACGCUCCCGAUCGCCAUCUCCAGACCAGAAGGCAAGCAAGUCCAAGUCCCGAUCCCCACAUCGCUCCCACAAGAAGGCAAAGAAGAGUAAACACUGACCUGAUUCAGGACUUGAAACCUUCUUUUGGUUCCAUAAAAAGACUCGGCACCUUUUUGUAUUGUGAAGUUUCACCGCUGUAACUACUUAUAUUUUUGUUUUUAAAAAUCUGACAUUGUCACAAAGUUCUGACACUAAAUAAAAUCACCUUUGGUGAUGAAUGUUUCUGU